GGAAGACCUGCUCUCUUGCACAUGCUGGCUAGCACAUCCUCACUUACAGACCCAUUCGUUUUACGACCGGGUCGUUAGAAUGGAACCCGGUCGGUAAGUGAGGACAGCCUGUAUACAUAUCUGGGCCUUGUGAGGGACAAGUGGGAUACCGUUACGAUAUCUUGGAAUUUUGCAGCGAAACUAAUCCUUAUGCAUUUUGUUUUUCACAGGUUUAUCCACGAGCAGUACAUCUGUAACAGACACACACACACAUCUCUAUCUUCCUGUCUUAACCAAGAGGAAAUAAGUGAAUGUAUUAAUGUACCAGAAUUCUCAACGGGGUAUAAACCUGGGAUAUGCAAUUGCCUGAGUAACAUGUCUGUACAGCCAACCUCAGAAGGAAAUCUCACAGAUAUGUAUAAAUCCACAGAAUAUACAUCCAUACACAUUGAGGAACCAGUCUCAUGUGAAGAAGGAAAUCUUACAGUCCUUUCUGCACCCAAUGAACAUCCAUCUAAUCAUGUUAAGGAUGAACCAGCCUCAUGUGAAGAUGUUCCUCAAUCUGUAACAACUUUUGGAUUUCCUGAGUUUCCUUCGAAGAAUUCUGUAGUUAAAUAUGAAGCAACUGACCCAGAAGAGAAACCAUAUUCCUGUCAGGAAUGUGGAAAAUGUUUUAACCAGAAACAAAAUCUUGAUCUGCAUCUUCAUCUACAUCUAAAACGGCACACUGAAAAGACCACAUAUUCUUGCCCUACAUGCGGAAAGUGGUUUAGUUGUCAGUCAGUUCUUGCAAACCAUCAACGAAGUCAUGCAUUACGGAAACCGCUUGAGUGUAAAAAAUGUGGCAAACUUUUUGAUAGUUCUUCCAAAUUUAUAAUUCAUCAAACUGUCCACACAGGAGAGAAACCUCAUUCAUGUCCAGAAUGCGGGAAAUGUUUUUCCCGGAAAUAUUAUGUUGGCAAGCAUCGUCAAACACAUGGAGCGAAGAAGGCCUUGCCAAAUCCUAAAUGUGAGAAAACAUUCAAAUGUGUGUAAUAUGGAAGGAAUUGGGACUGUGUGUGAAAUGUAGAGGGGUUUGUGUACUAUGCAUAUAAUACAAAAGGAACAAACACUGUUCGUGUAAUGUGGAGGGAAGGGAAGCUGUGCGUGUAGUGUGGCGGAACACGGUGGCUGUGAUUGUAGUGUGGAGGGGCAUGAGGGGGUAUGUUCCUAGUGCGCAGUGGCAUGGAAGACAUGUCCCUAGUGCAAAGGGGCUGUUCCCCUAGUACAGAGAAUCAUUAAGGGGUGUACACUGUCCGUAGUCUGAAGGGGCACUUAGAGUUGCCGUGUCCUAAGUGUGGAGGUAAUUGGGGCUCUGUAUUUAUUGUAGGUGAAACAAAGAAUGUGACGGCAGGUAAGAACCAUUCGGCCCAUCUAGUCUGCCCAAUUUUCUAAAUACUUUCAUUAGUCCCUGGCCUUAUCUUCUAGUUAGGAUAGCCUUAUGCCUAUCCCACGCAUGCUUAAAGGACCACUCUAGGCACCCAGACCACUUCAGCUUAAUGAAGUGGUCUGGGUGCCAGGUCCAGCUGGGGUUAACCCAUUUUUUUUCAUAAACAUAGCAGUUUCACAGAAACUGCUAUGUUUAUGAAUGGGUUAAGCCUUCCCCUAUUUCCUCUAGUGGCUCUCAUUGACAGCCACUAGAGGCGCUUGCGUGCUUCUCACUGUGAAAAUCACAGUGAGAGCACGCAAGCGUCCAUAGGAAAGCAUUAUGAAUGCUUUCCUAUGUGACCGGCUGAAUGCGCGUACAGCUCUUGCUGCACGUGCGCAUUCACCCGAAGAGGAGGAGGAUCGGAGGAGGAGGAUCGGAGGAGGAGAGCUCUCCGCCCAGCGCUGGAAAAAGGUAAGUUUUUACCCCUUUCCCCCUUCCAGAGCCGGGCGGGAGGGGUCCCUGAGGGUGGGGGCACCCUCAGGGCACUAUAGUGCCAGGAAAACGAGUGUGUUUUCCUGGCACUAUAGUGGUCCUUUAAACUCCUUUACUGUGUUAACCUCUAUCACUUCAGCUGGAAGGUUAUUACAUGCAUACACUACCUUCUCAGUAAAGUAAUACUUCCUAAAGUGUGUGGUUUUUUUUUUUUUGUUUUUUUGUUUUUUAAACCUUUGCUCCUCUAAUUUAAAUCUCUGUCCUCUUGUUGUGGUAGUUUAUCAAUAUCCUUCUGAAGAUACGGUCUCAAGUACUGUGUACAAUACUCCAAGUGAGGUCUCACCAGUGUUCUGUACAAUGGCAUGAGCACUUCCUUCUUCCUACUGCUAAUACCUCUCCCUAUACAACCAAGCAUUCUGCUAGCAUUUCCUGCUGCUCUAUUACAAUGUCUGCCUACCUUUUAAGUCAUCUGAGAUAAUCACCCCUAGAUCCCUUUCUUCAGAUGUUGAGGUUAGGACUCUAUUAAAUAUUCUGUACUCUGCCUUUGGGUUUUUACGUCCAAGAUGCAUUAUCUUGCACUUAUCCACAUUAAAUGUCCGUUGCCACAAUUCUGACCAUUUUUCUAGUUUACCUAAAUCUUGUCCCAUUUAGCUUAUACUACCUGGAACAUCAACCCUGUUACAUAUCUUCGUAUGUAUAUUGAAUGUAUCAUUAGCAAAAAGACAAACCUUACCAUCAUGACCUUUUGCAAUAUCACUAAUAAAAAUAUUAAAGAGAAUGGGUCCAAGUACAGAUCCCUGAGGUACCCCACUGGUGACAAGCCCAAGCUUCGAAUAUAUUCCAUUGACUAUAACCCUCUGUUGCUGUCACCCAGCCACUGCCUUACCCAUUCAACAAUAUUGAAAUCCAAACUUAAAGGGACAUUCCAGUGCCAGGUUAACAAUCAGUUUUCCUGGCACUGCAGGUCCCCUCUCCCUCCCUCCCAGGUUGCUGAAGGGGUGAAAACCCCUUAAGUGACUUACCAAAGUCCAGCGCUGAUGUCGCUCGGUGCUGGCCCAGGGUCCUCCUCAGCCGCUGGGGGAGACAGACUGCGUGCGUGGCCGCCGGCGGGGGAGUCCUAAUGACCUCCCCAUAGAAAAGCUUUGAAAAUGCUUUCAAUGCAUUCCUUUGGGGAUUUUUAGACCUCCACAUUGAAGAUGCUUUCCUAUGGGGAUUUUAGCUACGCUGGAGGUCCUUUACAUAGCGUGAGGACGUCCAGCGACGCUAUAGCACAGCUGAAAACCUGUGCUAUAAACCAGGAAGUGCCCUCUAGUGGCUGUCUAAUAGACAGCCACUAGAGGAGGAGUUAACCCUGCAAUGUAAAUAUUGCAGUUUAUGAAAACUGCAAUAAUUACACUUGCAGGGUAAAGGGUAGUGGGAGUUGGCACCCAGACCACUCCAAUGGGCAGAAGUGGUCUGGGUGCCUCGAGUGUCCCUUUAAAGAUUGCAGUUUGAUAAGCCUUCUAUGUGCAACAGUGUCAAAAGCCUUACUGAAAUCUAGGUAAGCAAUGUCUACUGCACCACCAUGAUCUAUAAUUUUUGUUACACAAUCAAAAAAAUCAAUAAGAUUAGUUUGGCAUGAUCUCCCUGAAGUAAACCCAUGUUGACUCUGAUCUUGAAAUCCAUGUUUUUUUUAGAUUUUCAACAAUCCUAUCCUUUAGGUGUAUUACUUGCAUGUGUCCUCUGUGUAGCACUGCAUGGGAGCUCUGUAUGUAUUACAGGGGGAUAGAGGGCCAUCCAGUCGUGAAGGGGCAGUCACCGUUCGGGAUGUUGUGUAAAAAUCAUGCAUAAAAUUCACUUCGUCUUGACGUUAAAACUGCAGGAUGUGUAAAUUUCUGGGGAUGACUAAUGCACUGUAUAUGUUGUACUUUAUAACCUGUGUUUAUAUACAAAUCUGAGCAUUGCAAGGGACAAGUGGAAUACAAAAAUUAGCCUUCUCUGUACAUGUAAUUUUGCAGCAAAAUGAAUCCUUAUGUAUUUUAUUUUUGACAGGUUUAUCUAAGAGCAAUACAAAUCUCUACCUUCCUGUCAACAAAGCAGAAAUCCGUGAAGGUAUCAAUGUAUCGGAAUUCUCAAUGUCCUAUAAAGCUGGGAUAUGUAUUUGCCUGAUUAACAUGUCUGUACAGUCCAUUUCAGAAGGAAAUAUCACAGGCAUUCCUAUACCAACAGAAUAUCCAUCUACUCCUAUUAAGUAUAAACCAGCCCCAUGUGAAGAAGGAAAUCUCACAGAUAUGUAUAAAUCCACAGAACAUGCACGCACAGAAUAUCCAUCUACUCGUGUUAAAAAUAAACCAGCCUCGUGGGAUGUAGGAUAUCUCACAGACAAUUCUACACCAACAAAAUAGCCAUUACUCAUAUUAAGGAGGAACCAGCCUCGUGGGAAGUAGGAUAUCUCACAGACAAUUCUACACCAACAAAAUAGCCAUCUACUCAUAUUAAGGAGGAACCAGCCUCGUGGGAAGUAGGAUAUCUCACAGACAAUUCUACACCAACAAAAUAGCCAUCUACUCAUAUUAAGGAGGAACCAGCCUCGUGGGAAGCACAUUUUCCACAAUCUGUAGCAUCUUAUGGAUUUCCUGACAUUAGAAAGUUUUCUUCGACAAAUUCUUUAAUUGUUAAAUAUAAAGAAACUCCCCCAAAAGAGAGAACCUAUUCCUGUCAUGAAUAUGGAAAAUGUUUCAACCAUAAAUCGCACCUUGAUGUGCAACUUCAUCUACAUCUAAAACUGCACGCUGAAAAGACCACGUAUUCUUGCUCUGUGUGUGGGAAGCGGUUUAGUUGUCAGUCAGUUUUUGCAAACCAUCAACAAAGUCAUGCAUUAUGGAAACAUCUAGCAUGUAAAAAAUGUGGGAAAUAUUUUGAUAGUUUUUCCAAAUUUCUAGUUCAUGAAAGUAUUCACAGGGGAGAGAAACGUCAUUCCUGUCUAGAAUGUGGGAAAUGUUUGUCCAGUAAAUAUUAUGUUGACAAGCAUCAUCAAACUCGUGCAGCAAAUAAGUCAUGGUCGAAUCCUGAAUGUGAGAACACAUUUAAACAUAUGUGUGUAAUACAGAGGUAAAGGGGGCUGUGUGUAAUGUGGAGGCAAUGAACACUGUAUGUAACAUCAGUGGAACGGCGAUAUGAUUUAUGUGUAAUGUGGAUUGAACAGUGGGCUGUUUGUGGAUAAUGUGGAGGCUGUGUGUUUGUAAUAUGGAGGUAAGUAGUGCUGUGUGUUUAGUGUUGGUUGCAAGGGCCUCAUGUAUAGCACUGGUGGGGGUUGUCUAUGUAUUACAGGGGAAUCGUGGGCCAUCCAGUGCAGCCUGGGUUGUGAAGGGGCGAUCACACUUGGGCAUGCAGUGCAUAAAUGCGAAAUAAAAUUGACUUAUCUUCAGUUUAACAGUGCAGAAUGUUUAAAUGUAUUGGGAGAAUCAAUGCACUUUAUAUUCUUCAUUUAUAUACCAAUCUGGGCAUUGUGAUAAGUGGAAUACAAAAAUUUGCCAUUUCGAUAUCUUGGAAUUUUGCAGCAAAACUAAUCCUUAUGCAUUUUAUUUUUCACAGGUUUAUCCACGAGCAGUACAUCUGUAACAGACACACACACAUCUCUAUCUUCCUGUCUUAACCAAGAGGAAAUACGUGAAUGUAUUAAUGUACCAGAAUUCUCAACGGGGUAUAAACCUGGGAUAUGCAACCGCCUGAGUAACAUGUCUGUACAGCCAACCUCAGACGGAAAUCUCACAGAUAUGUAUAAAUCCACAGAGCAUUCACUCACAGAAAUUACAUCUAUACACAUUAAGAAGGAACCAGCCUCUUGUGAAGAAGGAAAUCUCAUGAACUUUGCUACAUCCACAGAACAUCCACAGUCAGAAUAUCCAUCUAUACACAUUAAGGAGGAACCAGCCCCGUGUGAAGAAGAAAAUCUCACAGACAUUUCUACACCCACAGAAUAUCAAUCUAUUCAUAUUAAGGAGGAACCAGCCUCGUGGGAAGAAGGAAAUCUCACAGACAUUUCUACACCUACGGGACAUCCACAUGUAGAAUAUCCAUCUACUCAUAUUAAGGAGGAACUAACCUUGUUUGAGAAAGGAAAUCUCACUGAGGAACCACAGACAGAAUAUCCACCUGCUUGUAUUAAAGAGGAACCAGACUCUUGGGAAAAAGAUGUUCCACAAUCUGGAACGUCUUAUGGAUAUCCUGACAUAAGAAAGUUUUCUUUAACAGAAUCUAUAAUUGUUAAAUAUGAAGCAACUCCCCCAGAAGAGAAUCCAUAUUCCUGUCAUGAAUGUGGAAAAUGUUUCAACCAUAAACAAAAUCUUGAUCUGCAUCUUCAUCUACAUCUAAAACGGCACACUGAAAAGACCACAUAUUCUUGCCCUACAUGCGGAAAGUGGUUUAGUUGUCAGUCAGUUCUUGCAAACCAUCAACGAAGUCAUGCAUUACGGAAACCUCUUGCAUGUAAAGAAUGUGGCAAACUUUUUGAUAGUUCUUCCAAAUUUAUAAUUCAUCAAACUGUCCACACAGGAGAGAAACCUCAUUCAUGUCCAGAAUGUGGGAAAUGUUUUUCCAGUAAAUAUUAUGUUGGUAAGCAUCGUCGAACCCAUGUAGCAAAGAAGUCACGGUCAAAUCCUGAAUGUGAGAAAACAUUUAAGCAGGAAUCUGGUCUUGCAUCACAUUUAAAAGUUGAUUCACUUUAGAAAUGUUUUUUGUUUUUAUUUUAAGUUAGGAAAUCAUUUGUGUAAUAAUUUUGGCCAGAGAAACUGGACCUGGCCAGUUUCAGAUAGAUUCAUGUUUUGUGAAAUUUUAGUUAGUUGACAUUAAUUGGCAUGUUGAACCCAGUUCAGUGAAUUUCACACUUUUUUUUAUUUUAGUUUUUAUGCAAAUCACUGAUAAGUCUCUGAUCAACUGAUUCAUGCUCUCCUUGCCACUCACCCAAAAUGACUUAUCCCAGCGUUUAUGGAUAUUCCUACUAUUCUCCAACUUGUAAGCUCAAAUCUAGAUACACAACUCUGACUUACCUGAACAGCUGUAGCCUAAUGCCUGAGCUAGCAGCUAGCAUCUUCAUGCCAAAAAUGUCCUCUGACUCUAGAUUACUAUCCUGACCGCAGUAUCUGGCAAGACAAUAUUACUUGAGUCAUCAAACACUUUAUUUUACAAAAGAUCAUUUACUUUAUUAGUUGACUAGAUGUACAAGUUAACCUCAACAGUAAUAUUGACUAAAUGUACCUUCAAACUGAGAGAACCGUAUAUCCCAGCCACUUUUUGAUUUGUGCCCCGGAUCCAUAGUCCCUCUUACUGCUUUGCACUAAUGUCAAUUUACCAGAUCCCUAUUUCCAUCUGAUACCUUGCACUGUCUUGCGGACAGAGAAUUCCUGUGUGGGGACAGACAAUAUAAAAACACCAUCUUGAUCAGUUAAAUUUAAAGUAUUCCUUGAUCCAUUGUCUUGGAGCACGCACUACUAAUAAACUCAUGAUUUGUGUUUAAUGUCAGGAAGUACAUUUAUUUUUAAACACUACUGCUUGGAGGAGGAUCUUUACUGCCUUCAAGACUAGUCUGUAAAUGGACACAUGCAAUUCCUGAGGCUGGUUUUCUGUAGAGUUUUAAUAAAAGGUAC